AUGCUUCCCACAGCAGCUACUACUCCCGUGUCAUCGCGGCGGCAUGCCUGCGGUCCCGUGGGGCCAGUCCGCCACGUCAGGCUCUCGUGCCAGCGCGCUCUCGUGUCAGCGGGGCGCCGGAAGCGAACUGCGCGCCGCGGCGCCCGCCACGGCCCGACGUCUCCGCGCGUCGCGCUGCGCCCGACUGACACCGUGAACAGCGGCCGCGACGAGGGCGCGGGCGGCGCUGCGCCCGGCCACUUCCAGGCCGCCAUGUCGGGCAUCGCGCGGACGUUUGCGCGCAUCUCGGUCGCCUCCGGGCGGCGCGGCGCGCCCGUGCGCAGCGUUGCGCGUGGUGCUGCUCGGGCAGGGCUGCCGCGCGGGGCGCUGCCGCGGUCCGCGGCGCGCCUGCCUGCUCGCCAGGCGCGCAGGAUGUGCGCCGCGCUCGCGGCCGCUGGGGACGCGGACGCGUACUGUUUCCAGCGCGCGACGCGAUGCGUGGAGCGGCUCGUUGAGGGCUCCGAGGAUCAGGCGAUCCCGAUCACGGUGGUGACGGCGGACACGCUGGAGGCCGUCAAGAGCAGCGCCAGCCCUCUGGCGCUUUCCCUGCUGUCGUUGGCCGACUUCAAGGGGAAGACCGGCGAGUGCUGCGUGAUUCCCGACGACAAGGGAUCCGCUGCACAAGUCUACCUGGGGGCGGACAGCUCCACGGACAUUUGGUCGUACGCCGUGCUCCCGGGCAAGCUCCCGCCCGGCACGUACGUCUGCGAGGGCCUCAGCGGCGGUGACGGCACGGCCGCGGCCCUGGGCUGGGCGCUCGGGUGCUACAAGUUCGACAGGUACAAGAAGCCCGGCGCGAAGGACGGCGAGCCGAAGGCGGCGCUGGUGUGGCCGGAAGGCUGCAGCCGGGACGUCGUCGAGGCGGUGAGCUCCGGUAUCGCGUUCGCGAGGGACAUGGUGACGACGCCCGCGGAGGACAUGGGCCCGCACCACAUCGCCGCGGAGCUGAAUGCGCUCGCGAAGGAGCACGGCGCCUCGUACCGCGAGGUCGUUGGGGACGACCUGCUGGUCCAGGGGGAGAACUACUACCCUUCGGUCCACACAGUCGGCCGCGCCGGCCCGGUCCCGCCGCGCGUCGUCGACCUCCGGUGGGCGCCCUCCGGGAAGGACGCCGCGUCGCUGCCGCGCGUGACCCUCGUGGGCAAGGGCGUCGCCUUUGACACGGGUGGCCUGGACAUCAAGCCGGGCGGCGCGAUGAAGCUCAUGAAGAAGGACAUGGGCGGCGCGGCGCUCGUGGCGGGCCUCGCGCACGCCAUCAUGUCGACGAACCUCGCCGUCAACCUGCGGGUGAUGGUUCCGACGGUCGAGAACUCGGUGUCGUCGUGGUCGUUCCGGCCGCUGGACGUCCUCCAGACGCGCGCGGGCAUCACUGUGGAGAACGGCAACACGGACGCCGAGGGGCGCCUGAUUCUGUCCGACUGCAUCUGGGACGCUGCCCAGGAGAACCCCGAUCUGCUCAUCGACGCCGCGACCCUCACAGGCGCUGCGCGUGUCGCGCUCGGGACGGAGAUGCCGGCACUGUUCGCGACGUGCCAGGAGACGGCGGGGCACCUGCUGCGCGCGGGCGAGGCGGAAGCGGACCCGCUGUGGCAGCUCCCGCUCGUGGACAAGUACCGGAAGAUGAUCGACUCCAAGGUCGCGGACAUAGGGUCGUGCAGCGAGGGCGGGUACGGCGGCGCCAUCACCGCCGCGCUGUUCCUGCGCGAGUUCGUGCCGGCGGACAAGGCGCCGCGCUGGCUGCACAUCGACACGAUGGGCUACACGCUCGGGCAGUGGGCGCAGCCGGGGAAGCCCGAGGGCGGCGAGGCGCUCGGACUGCGCGCGCUGUACCGCAUGCUUCUCGAGCGGUACGGGCGCUAG